AAAUUAUCCGCACGCUGCGUAUACAGUAUUCGAAGUACUGUGUUAAGCAAUGUUGACGUUGUGAGAGCGAAUUCGUCUUAUUCUCAUCGUAUUACUCUAGAUUGUAAUUGUAUUUUCGCAUACGAUUAUACAUAUAUUCGUCCUUCUAUUCUUUUGGAUCCUUAAGUUAUACAUAUAAGUAAAAGUGCAUCAAAAGAAAGUAUUUGGAGUUUAGAGUCAUCAAAUGUAACUUGACAUAAAAAUAACAGAAAGAAAUUCUUUUUUAUACCAUUUACACCUGUCAAGUGUGCCUUACAUAUGUAUUUGACGAAAAUUUGACGUGUUUAACUGUAUUCAAAGUGUAAUUGUGUAAUUACUCUGUCUCCUUGUAGAGACACAUUGUUUGACAUAAAUUUGCAUCAAUUUACUAUUAUAAUGGUAUAUUGGUUACCAAAGAAACGCUUUAAGAAGAGUAACAACUGAAAAUGUUUCAAGUCAAAUAUUUGCAAGUGUAAUUAUACUACAGAGAGACUUACAAGGUGCCUUAUAUUUAACAGCUACUAACAAAUAUGCUGAGAACUUUACUGUUAGCAGCAGUGUUACCUUUCACCGUACUUGAUAUUUGGUAUAGAAGAAUUAUCCACCAUAUGUUUUAAGAGAAUUAAAAUAUUGGAAGUAUAUAAAAAAAAUAAAGAAAUACAUUUUUAAACAUUUUAUUAUGAAACAGUCAAGUUAUUAAUUCUGUACCGUGUACUUGUGAUUCAUUUUGAAAUCAUAAAUAUUAAAUAAUGUGUCGUAAUUACUAUUCAAAUUGGAAAUAUCUAUAUCAAUGUCCCAAGAAAUUGACAAGUACUUACUUUUGAUAAUGAAAAUAUCAUUAAUUACGUAUUUGGUCAUAUUUGGACUUUUACCCUUAAUAUUUCACUACUCUUACACUAUACAAAAAAAGAUUCUUUUCUUGAAUAUCGUGCGUUGGCCAAUUAAUGUUGAUUUUUCGAAACCGGAGACAGUUGGUAUGAAAGGAACAAGAAAUUUUUAUUUAAAAACUGAUCAACAAGUGAAGCUAGGACUAUGGCAAACAUUACCCCAAUCAUUAGUCAAUGAUUCAACCAUUAAAACUGAUGAUGAUUAUGAAGCUGUUCUAAAUAAUUCUAAAUUACCUGUCUUUCUUUAUAUGCAUGGUAAUAGUGGUAACAGAGCAAGUAGCCAUAGAUUAGAAUUGUACAAGCUUCUUCAAAGUUUAGAUUAUCACGUUAUAGCGUUUGAUUAUAGAGGAUACGGUGACAGUGAUGGAGCAGAACUCUCUGAAAUGGGAGUAGUUGAUGAUAGCAAAUAUGUACUUCAGUGGCUAUUAAGAUUAGUCAAUAAUACAGCUCCUGUUUUUGUUUGGGGACAUUCCCUAGGGACUGGAGUUUCUACUCAUACAUUAGCAUUAUUGGCAACAGAAGAAAUGCAACCCACAGGCUUGAUUUUAGAAUCACCAUUUAACAAUAUUGCAGAUGAAUUAAGUGAACAUCCUUUGGCGCAGAUCUUUAAACAUAUACCUUGGUUCCAUUGGUUAAUUGUUGAACCAUUUUAUGAUAAUUAUCUUCGAUUUGAGUCUGACAAACAUAUAGAAAAAAUCCAAUGUCCUAUUAUGAUAUUGCACGCAGAAGAUGAUAAUGUUAUACCAUUUGCAUUAGGUGAAAAGGGCUACAUUAUCAUGGAAAUGAUACAAAUCAUGUACGAAUGAUAAGAAUUGAUGCGUCAUAUGGCCUUAGUCAUAACUAUAUAUG